AUUGAAAAUCAUAAAAUUUGAUUUUCAGUCUUCUUGCAAAUAGGUGAAACCUGAUAAUAUAAACAUACAUAGUCUAUUGGAAGUAAAAACGUCACAUAGUCUCCUACUCUUCUAUAUUGGCUGAAGAUCCGCCAUUGCUCGAGUCGCUUGACAAACGGCAAACCAUCGGUCUGCAGAAUUGGGCAUUUAACCAAACCGAUUGCCCGCAGAGCCCCAACGGCCAACACGGCCAGAAAUGGGAACCGAAGCCGGUUGUGUUCCAAGCAGAGGACCCAUCACUCACGUCAUCUUCGACAUGGACGGACUCUUACUGGACACCGAAAAAUUCUAUACUCAAGUCCAAGAAAUUAUACUCGGUAGAUACAACAAAACUUUUGAUUGGUCCCUCAAAGCAAAAAUGAUGGGGAUGAAAGCAAUAGAAGCUGCUAGGGUUUUUGUUGAAGAGACUGGAAUAAGUGAUUCUCUUACUGCGGAGAACUUUCUAGUUGAAAGAGAGGAAAUGCUGCAGAACAUGUUUCCAACUAGUGAGCUUAUGCCAGGGGCUAGCCACUUAGUCAAUCAUCUCCACAAAAAUGGGAUACCGAUUUGUGUAGCAACAGGUUCUCAUAGGCGACAUUUUGAAUUGAAGACACAAAGACAUGUUGAGCUUUUCUCUUUGAUGCAUCAUGUCGUUCUUGGUGAUGAUGGAGAAGUUAAACAAGGCAAGCCAUCACCAGAUAUAUUCCUCGUGGCUGCCAAAAGAUUUGAGGGCAGUCCAGUAGAUCCACAUAAGAUUCUUGUGUUUGAAGAUGCACCCUCUGGAGUUCUUGCUGCUAAGACUGCUGGCAUGUCGGUUGUUAUGGUUCCAGAUCCCAGGCUGGAUAGCUCCUAUCAUGGAGCUGCAGACCAAGUUCUGAAAUCCCUUUUGGACUUCACACCAAGUGAUUGGGGUUUGCCUCCGCUUGAGAAUACAGCAAAUUAGCCUGCCUGCUCGUUUCAUUUGUUUUUCUUACUUGCUGUAGGGCGGGCCUACUUCUCCACUCCAUGUUGAAUUUCAACCCCAAAGAAUUAAUGUUUUACAUCCAUUUGAAAAUGCAGCCGGCUGGGUUUGCUUAUUAGAUAGCAUGGUACCGUUGGUUUGCCUUGCCUGCUAACUGGAGAUGAAGGCAUGGAUGCUUCUAUUGAUUCUUAGUAGAGUUAACUUUGUGAGCAUGACAUUAUUCUACACUGUAACGAACCAAAUUAACAAUAUACAUUCUACCUUCUGUUUUAAAA